CCCCUGAGGAACUGGAGCAGCGUUACAAGUCCAAAGAGAUUGAUAAGUUCCUGGAUAAAGAAAAACACACAUUUCGACGUCAGUGAACAAUGCCAAAUAAACGCGAAGGGGUUGAUUAGAGUACAGCAGUACAAGUAAAGCUCGAAACUUGCGAAAUAGCAGAUCCGAAAGAACAGAAGAACAAAUCCACCAACAAAAUACUGAUGCACGUGUCAGAAUGGAGCAAUUGCAUCUAGAAGAGCCAGAAGAUACACGAGCUGAACGCAAUGAAGUCUGAAGAUUAGAACAACGACAAUCAUGCCGUUUCACAGUCAAUAGACGAUGAACAAAUGACCAUCAACGACAACAAGUACAUCACAUCGAGCACUUACAUAUAUCUGAUUCAUUCCUGCGUCUAGCAUUCUAGUAUGAGCCCGAUAUUUAAUAUUAUGCUCAUUCAAAAGUGGUAAGGAAUGUCCGCAUUGUCAUGCUCUGAAAUUCAAAAAUUAGCCAGCUGGGAUGUGUUGCGCGUUAGGAAAAGUGCAACUACCUGAAAUUGAAACACCACCUGAACCAUUGAACGGCUUACUUAUCGGCACGGAUUCAGAUACGAAGAUUCAAUUCAUGCUUUCAAAUGACAUCGUUCGGAGCAACAGAAAUAUUUCGAAAUACUAAUGCAAAUGAUCAACAAUUUAAUUCUACAUUCAAAAUAAGAGAGUUUAUCAUAAAAUGGGCUCACUGCAGCCAAUGCCAAAAGAAUACUGAAAUGAAUCGUAAACUGCAGUACAGUACUGUAAUGGCAGCGAUUGUUGCCGUAAUGUCCCACUAAUGAAAGAGGAACAAAGAACCAUUUAUAACGGUGUAAAAUUAUUAUUUGGGAUGAAUGUACCAAAAUUCACUUAAGGCGUUGAACAGGCCAUUGAAAAAUAUUUAAAACAGUGACAAACUAUUUUGCGGAACUCUGUUGGUCCUUUCAGGUGAUUUCAGACAAGAACCAGUCAUUCCAGGUUCAACACACGCUGAUGAGAUCAACGCUUGCUUAAAAUCAUCUCCAUUGUGGCGUAAUGUUGAAAAAUUGCAGCUAAAAUAUAUAUGCGCGUUGAAAUGCUUCAAGAUCCAUCCGCUGAAACAUUUUCAAGAGAACACUGUGAUAUCGGUGCUGGAAAAGUUGCUAAAGAUGAAACUGGAUACGUAAAUGUACCGACCGAUUUCUGCACAAUCGCUGAUUUGCAAGAUACUCUUAUUGAACAAAUAUUUCCCUACAUACAUAGUGCAUGAGUGGCUUGCAGGAAGAGCGAUUUAAGCGGCAAAAAAAGCAGACGUCGACAAUUUAAGUCCGAAGAUACAAAUGUUGUUGCCCCGGAACUUGGUAUCAUAUAAAUCUAUUGAUACAGUUUGCGACGACAGCGAAGCAGUAAAUUUUCCCACAGAGUUUUUGAACUCACUGGAUUUGCCAGGCAUGUCCCCGCCUAAUUUACAAUUAAAGGUUGGAUCUCCAAUUAUCUUGCUUCGUAAUUUGAACCCAACCCGGCUGUGCAACGGUACGCGAUUAGUCAUCGAAGCUAUGAUUUUAAAUGGCAAGUUCAGAGGUGAAAAUAUACUCAUACAACGGAUUCCUAUUGUACCUUCAGCUACAGAUGUGCCAAUUCAAUUCAAAAGUAUUCAGUUUCCGAUUGGAUUGGCAUUUGCAAUGACUAUCAACAAGCUUUCAGAUGGAUUAGAUUUCAGACGACCAUGUUUUUCACACGGACAAUUAUACGUGGCAUGCUCUCGAGUAGGUAAACCAUCCAGUUUGAUUGUAUUAGCUAAAGAUGGACGCACAAAAAUUAUUGUUCACGCUAUAGCAUUAAGAGAUUGAUAUUGUUUAAUAGUGUUACUAUCUAUUAUUUAAUUAAAUAUAUAUAAUUUUAAGCAAUUAAUUAUAAUAACUUAAAAAUAAGGUUUGCCUUUUGUUAUUUUUAUUUUCGCUCAUCGUUCUCUUUCACACUUAUACUACUUCUUACAUAUUUAAGUUAAAUAAGUUAACCGGACCGAUCGUCCCUCUCACCAGCAACGGUCAAGUUGCUGACCAAGCAUGUGGCCGGAAGCUCGCACAUAGCCGGCAAAAGCUCUGCACAUUGACAGAGGCCGCUAUGAGGUUUUUUCUAUGUUAGCAUUUAAGUCAGUUCGCUUUGGGCAAUCCAAUAAUAAAGAGCACAAGUUCAUAAGGCCAACUCCGGCAAUCUGUCGUUAUCAUUAUAAACUAUCAUAGCUAUCUGAGUCCCUAGACCUGAAGCCAAAAGGAGGACUGUCAUCUUUCCAACAUAAUCAUCCUAACUCAGUUAGAUUCAGUUGGAUUAACAUCUCACUAGCCGUGCGUGGACAGCAACGUGGAAGACUUACACGAGGGAAAAGUCGCUCCCGCAGACUGCUGCGAGGGAUUCUACCCAUUCACCUUUGGGUCACCCCCUCGACUUGUAUGUCCCCCAAUUCGUGUCUCAACUGUGUGAAUAUUGAGGUCUUUAUGAAGUGUGGAGUUACGUACAUACCAGGGACAGUUGGUUAUUUGUCGUAGUGCGCGAUUUUGCAUCACCUGGAUACGAUUAUAAUUCGAUUUGGCUGCAAUUCCCCAAAUCUGGAUCCCGUAUAACCACAUCGGUACGAUACAGUGCGCAUACACAGCUCUUUUGCACCUCAGCGAAAGAGUGCUCCUUCUAUUCAUGAGCCAUCUCAGCUGUUGUGAUCUGUGACCACAAUUCUUUACUGUGUUUUUGAGAUGCGGCCCAAAGGUGAGCCGUGUAUCCAGGGUGAUACCUAGAUAUGUUGCUUGCAGCGGCUGAUUCAGGGUAACUCCUUCUAGUCGGAUUGGAUAAGCGUUUUUAAUGUCAAGCAUGGAUUUGUUGUUUUCAGUGGAUUUAUUUUUAGGUUCCACCGUUUACACCAGGCUGCCAGAGCAUUUAUUUAUUCUUGUAGUCCGUUAGCUGCCUCUCUGCUGUCCCUAGAGUUAUAUACAACUGCGAUGUCAUCUACAUAGGUUGCAAUAAGAGUCCUGUUCGGUGCUUCCAUGUGUGCCUUUGUGUUUUCCUUUUCCCUUUUUUGGCCGCCAUUUUGUUGGCAAACUAAAAUUGUUACUAUUUAAUAACUUAAAAAAAUAAUUUUUAUUUUAGUAUAACUUAAUCUUUUAUUGGUGAUAGACUUUUUCACUUAUACUAUUACAAGACACUCUUUUUAUUGCUGAUCUUUAAUUUGAAACAGUUCACGAUUUCGUCCCGAUUUAGACUGAUCUUCUAAUUCUUAAUCCUAAUCCAAUUAACCACGGCCAGAAGCUUUUCUUUAGAAUUUUCUUGAACUUUCAAAUAUGUUUAGGAUUAAAGCCUCAUACUGAAAUUAUUACACAGCAUUGUGAAAUUUAAAUUUUCUGACUGGUGUUUACUUUAGGUAUGGUUAUUUAUCGGCUAAGUGCUGACGACAAAAACAAGGGCGAAGGAAAUGCUGCUGAGAUUGGAGCUUCAAAAUGUGUUUAUCAACUGGUGCAGAGUGCUCUUUAAUUACGCGUUCGAUAAAUCUCCACCUUCUAAAAUGACGCGCACCUCUCAUUAUGAAUUUCUGUUAAACGCUCUCUUAAUUCUGUUAAAAAUUCUUACUCAGUAUUAUUUGGUUAUGUUGAAUAUAUAAUGAACAUAUAUGUAUAAAAAACAACGAUGUAUGUGUAUAAGAAACUUGCGAGCAACGGUUAAUUCCUUUUUGAGUGUUUUCGCCACUAAUCGGCGAUCACUCUUUGUUCGCAUAUUUUGACGCUGCCUGUGUGCAGCAAGUAUACAUAAUUUGAAUUCAGUUACCAAUAAACCUCUGCCCUGUAAACACGUUUAAUAGGUUAUGGGCCCAGACACAAGUUUGGUGCGGUAACUCGAGUGGAUUUGUCUUUACGAAAAAGAAGAUUCGGAAAGUGACUAUUAAAAGUGAAUUUGUCUUUACGAAAAAAGAAAAUUCAAAAUGAGUAUUACGGUUAACAUUGAUAAGCUCGAUGAGAGCAAUUAUGACAUUUGGUCAAUGUCCAUGCGUAGUGUUCUGAUAGCUUCAGGUUUAUGGGACGCGGUAUGUGGUAGUGUGAAGGAACCCGAUGAUGCGCCAGAGCCUACGAAAUGGAACACUAAAGACGCGAAAGCUCUGUCGAGCAUAAUUUUGCAUCUAAAACCGUCCCAAAUGAUGCACAUUAAGUCGUGUGUGACUGCAAAGGAAGCGUGGAACAUUUUAGAAAAAAUACAUAAGCCGGUCGGACCGUUAAUUCAAAUGCAGCUUUAUCAAAAACUCAUUCGCUUAAAAAUGAAGCAAGGUGAUAAUGUGACAGACUAUGUGAAUUCAUUUGUAGAAAUUUGUGGAAAAUUGGAAGAACUCGAUAUUUUACUAGGUGAUAACCUAAAAGUGAUUAUGCUGCUAACUGGACUUCCAAAAAGUUUUGAAAAUUUCGUAGUUGCUAUGCAAACACGCGAUAAUUCGCCCCCGUUUUCAACUGUAAAAUUGAAGCUUCUCGAAGAAGCUGAACGACUUAGGGUGAACGAAGAGUGCGAAGAAGUUUUCGAGAAAAGGGCAUACGUGACUCGGGUUGAACAGUCUACCUCGAAGAGCAAUACGAAAAAUAACGGUUCCUACGAACGACGUCAAAAGCAAAGUGUAAAAUCGUUUGAGUGCUGGUCGUGUGGGCAGCGCGGCCACAAAGCUGUUAAUUGUAGAGAAAGAAAAACUGAAAAUAAUAAAAAGCAGAGAUCAUUUUCUGCAGUGUGUUAUGGCUCAAGUGUGAGUGAAAUGUCGCGAGGUACAUGGUGUCUCGAUAGUGGAGCCACUGCUCAUUUGUGUUGUGAGCGAGACAUUUUUUCGGAAUUUAAAGAACAUAAAGAGCGUAUUCUAUUGGCGGGAAAUAACUGUAUUGAGUCCGUUGGCCGUGGCACAGUGAUUGUGAAAUGGCGCGAAUUCGAAAUAAAGCUGGUUGAUGUUCUUUAUGUACAGGAACUUCAAUAUAAUUUUAUGUCAGUGUCGAAGGCGAUCGAAAAAGGUUUUUGCGUGAAAUUCUCAGAAAAAGGCGCGAGUGUAAUUGAGAAUGACGGAACUGUAAUACUAAAGGCAGAGAAACGUGAAAGUUUGUUUCUGUUUGAGAAUGCCAAGAAUAAAUGUUACAAUGCGCAAAACAAAAAUUCAUCGCAAUUAUGGCAUAAUAGAUUCGGACAUCUAAAUUUCAGAAGCCUUAAUAAUAUGAUAAAAGAAAAUAUGGUGAAAGGCAUGAAGUUAAAUUUUAACGAAAACAUUGCCUGUGAGUCGUGUGCAAAAGGCAAAAUUAGUGUAAAGCAUUUUCCAAAGGCCAGUGAAAAUCGCGCAAAAGAAAUUCUGGGUCUAGUGCAUACCGAUAUUUGUGGCCCGAUUAAUAAAAAAUCAAAUGGUGGUGCACGUUACUUUGUGACCUUUAUUGAUGACAAAUCCAGAUACGUAACGGUGUAUUUUAUGAAAACGCGAGAUGAAGUUUUUGAAAAAUUUAAAGAAUACAAAUCAUUUGUUGAAAAUCAAACGGGUAAAAAAUUGAAAAUCUUGAGAAAUGACAAUGGUCGUGAAUAUUUAAGUGGCUUGUUUGAACAGUUUCUUAUUAAUCAUGGCAUUAAAAGGCAGCUAACAGUGCCGCACACCCCCCAACAAAAUGGUGUAGCGGAGAGAGCAAACAGAACAUUAGUGGAAAUGGCCCGUACUAUGUUACUGUGUGCUGGCCUUGAUGAAAGUUUUUGGGCUGAAGCGAUCAAGACAGCAUCCUACUUGAGGAACCGUGCAGAAACAACCACGUUGCCUGGUUUAACUCCUUUUGAGGUAUGGACAGGAAGAAAGCCAUACGUUGGGCACCUCCGUGUCUUUGGUGCCAAAGCCAUCGUGUUGAACAAGACACAUAAGACGAAGUUUGCUCCGAAGGGUGAGGAGCAUAUGCUGGUUGGCUACUCCGAAACGGCAAAGGCGUAUCGACUGUAUAGCCAUGAGAAGAGGAAGAUGAUCGAAGCGCGGGACGUCAUGUUUUUCGAAGAUGACUUGGGCAGAAGUGGUUUGCCUGGUGAAACGGAGUUAAAAUUGGUUGAACUCCAAGGCAAAUCUACGCUUGUGGUUGGUGAGUUGUCUAAUAAUCCUCCUAAUGUGGAGCCUGAGGUAGGCGAUGACGAACUAGCAAGUAUUGAAGAAGAGCCAGAAGACAUGGAUCCGAAAAACGAGCAGCUUGAAGAAAAAGAAGCACAAAGAGCUCCGGGACGACCGAAGCUAGUGCGAUCUGGUCUCCCAGGACGACCUCGCAAAGAAUACCAGAUGCUGAAUGUCCUGACGACUGAGGACAUUGCUGUUCCUGGAAGUUUUGAAGAAGCUAUGAACGGUGAUCACAGCGAUAAAUGGAAAGCUUCUGUUCAGAAGGAGAUGGAUGGCCUGCGAGCAAACAAAACUUGGUCACUGGUUGACCUACCGGAAGGCGAGAAGACUAUUGGUUGCAGAUGGGUCUUUGCGUUAAAACGAGACAAGGAUGGCCACAUCGAACGCUUCAAAUCGAGACUGGUGGCCAAAGGGUGCGCACAGCGUUAGGGUAUUAAUUAUUUCGAAACUUUUUCUCCCGUUGCCAGGUACUCCACAAUAAGAUUGGUCAUCGCAUCGGCAGUU